AUGGGUUACAUAUUAGAACUAUUGAGACAAUACGGCAUGAGUGAGUGUAACCCAGUAGCUACGCCGUCAGAAUGUAUUACGGUUUUUGAUAAAUCUUGCGAGAAGCUUGAUAAAAUCUAUCCAUAUAGGGAAAUAAUUGGGGCUCUUAUGUAUUUGUCCGUUGCCACAAGACCCGACAUAGCUAACACGGUGGCAAGAUUGGCGCAGUUCGUAAAUGAUCCUUCGAAAGCACACUGGAAUGCGGUUAAACGUGUCUUAAGGUAUCUUGCUGGCACGGCUGAUAAAGGAUUGGUGUAUCAAAGGACAGCCCUUCCGCUUGUAGGUUACACCGAUGCUGACUGGGGUGGAUGCACAAGCGAUCGUCGUUCUUAUACGGGCUAUGCAUAUUUGCUCAGCAAUGCAGCCAUUAGCUGGAAAUCACAAAAACAACGUACUGUCGCACUUUCGUCAACAGAGGCCGAAUAUGUUAGUUUGGCAGAAGCAGCUAAAGAGGCAGUUUAUCUACGUAGCCUUUUACUCGAGAUUGGCACUAAAGAGUUUACUGAUAUUACAAUAUAUGUGGAUAAUAGAGGAGCGCAAUGUUUGGCGAGUGAUCCGGUUUACCAUGCGAGGACCAAACAUAUCGACAUAAAGCACCACUUUGUUCGAGAAUGCGUCAGUAAAGGGUUAUUCACAUUGGCACACAUAUCAACGCAUGAGAUGCUUGCGGAUGUGAUGACAAAACCAUUAGCACGAGUAAAUCACGAAAGAUGUCGUACUGGACUUGGUUUAACUGCUUAG